UGAUGAAAUAACACUUAGAAAUAGAGGGAAUAAAGAAAAAGAAAAGGAGUUAUGGGAGUUGAUAAUUUAGUGUUGAAAACAUAUGAUGAAGUUUCUUUGCAUAAUAAUCCUAAAGAUUGUUGGGUUAUCAUAAAUGCUAAGGCAUACAAUGUGACAAACUUCCUAAAUGAUCAUCCUGGUGGUGAAGAAGUCUUGUUGGCAGCAGCAGGUAAGGAUGCAAGUGAAGAGUUUGAAGAAGCAGGACAUGGGAGUGCAGCAAGAUUGAUGCUAGAUGAAUUCUAUGUGGGAGAAAUUGAUCCUUCUACAAAAAUUAAUGCCACUUUGGACACCACUUCAUCAACAAAUUUUCUUGAAAAGCAUAAAAAAAUUGAUUAUUAUCAAGGCAAGUCAUCCAGGAAAAAUAAUGUAAAACUUCUUCAAUUUUUGGUGCCAAUUGUAAUCUUGUUGUUGGGAAGUACUUUAUUUAAGUUCCUGUAUUGAAAGUAUAGGAAAAAAAUUUUAAGUGUGUUUGGUAUUUCACUUCCUAUUUGUGUCAUUUGAUGAGUUGAAGGUUCAUCAAAAUAAUUGAUUCGUACGUUUUGAACAAUCU